CUCCCUCCGGAAGUGCAAACAUUUCCAUUUGGGUUUGGUGGUUGUGGCUCAGGAGCUCCCACCUGGGACAAUGGUGUGCAUUCCUUGUAUCGUCAUUCCAGUUCUGCUCUGGAUCUACAAAAAGUUCCUGGAGCCAUACAUAUACCCUCUGAUUUCCCCCUUUGUUAGUCGCAUAUGGCCUAGAAAAGCUGUGCAAGAAUCCAAUGACACGAGCAAAGGCAAAAUAGACUAUAAGGGUGCAGACAUAAAUGGAUUACGAACAUCAGGAUCAACAGAAAUCUCUGAUAAAAAGAAAGACUAAAGGCAUUGACUCAGGAACCUCCUUGUUUUCAAAAUGGACCUAAUAAUGUGAAGCACCUUCUUUGUAAUUGUCUCUGACCUUUUUCUCUUAGAACUAGGGGUGGAUGGUUUAGAUGUUUGCCUGAUACUGAUCAGGAAACACAUGGUAUUUAUAUUUAGAAUGUA